AUGCAGAAAUUAACCGAGGAAGAUGAUAUAGAUCUUGCCGCGCCACUGAAAAUUCCUCGGCCAGGACAUCCCCUGUCAGAAACUGGGCUUUCAGUCGGUGAAGCGCGGCUCAGUCUCGACAUCAAUGAGGUUUUCAGCUGGAGCACCGUCGUGCGCGAGUUUGCGAAUGUCCUGACCAAAGCAACAGCCGAGAUCCAAGAACGUUUCACUUGCGUGAAUGUGCGAGAGUACUUCUGGGUACACCGGUUGAAGAUAGGCAGGAAAGUCGAGGAGUCGGAAGAGGCCGAUGCAGGGAAAUGGCAAGCUGGAGAAGUCACAGUGAGUCAAACCUUGCCACCGGGGGCCGGAGAACUCACAUAUCCGAUGCCUGGUCCCUCACGCGGUGGAUUUGAUCUGUGA